CUGGCCGGCACGGGCAUGGCGGUCUCCAUCAUGGUGCCAAACCAGAUCAUCCCGGACCUGGCUGCCUCCUACGCCGCCGCCGACCGCUGGGUCGCCGCCAACCUGCUCCCCUACCUCCCGCGGACGCGCGUCAAGUACCUGCUCGUCGGCAACGAGGUGCUCUCCGACGGCUCCAUCGCGGCCUCCACCUGGACCCGCAUCGUGCCGGCCAUGGAGAACCUCCACCGCAACCUCCGCGCGCGCCGCGUCAAGCUCGGCACCACGCUCGCCAUGGACGCGCUCGUCACGGGCGCCUUCCCGCGCCCGCCCUCCGCCGCGGCCUUCCGCCCCGACAUCGCCGAGUCCGUCAUGCGCCCGCUGCUCCGCUUCCUCGAGGGCACCAACUCCUACUACUUCGUCGACGCCUACACCUACUUCGUCUGGGCCGGCAGCAACGGCACCGUGCCGCUCGACUACGCGCUCCUCCAGCCCGCCACGCGCGCCCGCUACGUCGACCCCGGCACGGGGCUCACCUACACCAACCUGCUCGACGAAAUGCUCGACGCCGUGGGCGCCGCCAUAUCCAAGCUCGGCCACGGGGGCGUCAGGAUCGCCAUCGCGGAGACCGGCUGGCCCAACGGCGGCGACUACGACCAGAUCGGCGCCAACGUCCGCAACGCCGCCGUCUACAACAGGAACCUCGCGGCGCGGAUGGCCAGGAACCCCGGCACGCCGGCGCGGCCGGGCGCCAGGAUGCCGGUGUUCGUCUUCUCCCUCUACAACGAGAACCUCAAGCCCGGGCCGGGCACGGAGCGCCACUGGGGCAUCUACUACGCCAACGGCACGGCCGUGUACCCGGUCGACCUCACCGGGCGGCGGCCGCUGUGGGCGUACCCGCCGCUGCCGGCGCCGGAGAACGACACGCCGUACAAGGGCCCGAUAUGGUGCGUGCUGGCCGCGCACGCCGGCAGGAAGCUGAACGAGACGGCGGUGGGGGACGCACUGACGUACGCGUGCGGGCAGGGGAACGGGACCUGCGACGCCAUCCAGCCCGGCGGCGAGUGCUUCCAGCCCAACACGGGCGCGGCGCACGCCAGCUACAAGUAGUUGCUGGGCUGACGGCUGUAGUGUGGGUUGAUUAAUGCAAAGUCCAGGGGGGUAAAUGCAAAAGGCGCUGGGCUGACGGCUGUGCUGACUAGGCUCCACUUGUCGAGCUCUGGUUGGCUAGGACCAAACUUGCACAUUGGCUGCAAGUUGUGUGACUCAAUAGUUGCAUUUUGUAAGUUUGGGACCAAAUCAUCACAUCCAUGACAAGUU